CUACGGCGGUCGAGAAGCAAAGAAAUGUGGGCACGGGCGAUGUGGGUACGUUUUCGGGCUGCGCCGGAUCGGGGCCGAGGCUUUGCUUCCAAAGCGAGCCCACAGGGACAGGUCCAGGCGGCGGGGCAGGGGACCGGCACUCCAUCCCUUGCCCUGCAGGGCAGUGGCCGCGUGCCCACCGAGAAAAUAGAGCAUCUGGAGCGUCUGGCGCUGGUAAACUUCGGCAGCCGCGAGGCAGUGGCCCGGUUGGAGAAAGCCAUCGCCUUCGCUGAGCAGCUGCAGGCCGUGGACACCGACGGGGUGGAACCCCUGGAGUCAGUACUGGAGAACAGAUGUCUGUACCUGAGAUCUGACAAUGUAGCAGAAGGCAAUUGUGCUGAAGAACUACUACAGAACUCCAAUCACGUUGUGGAGGAGUAUUUUGUGGCCCCCCCAGGUAAUAUUUCUUUGCCAGACAUGGUAAACAGGAUCCCUUCUCCCACAGCAGAAUAGCUAUUCUGGGGAAGGGGAACCCUAUCAAGAUGGUGUACUCACAGGGUGGUCAUUGCUACUCUGAAAUCUUGUGUAAACCGGACAUUUAUGAUUUCUUGGUAACUGUUCUGAGGACAGAACUGGAAAAUAGCCAGCUAAUAGCAGGCACCACAAGCCUGCUUCCAAGGAUAUGGAUCAAGUACUCACAGGCCUGUUCUAUAUGGAAAACAUCUUCCUUCAUCUCCUAAAAAACACUAUCAAAAUGUAUGUAUGUGAAUUUUUCUGUUUAUACUUAGAAGAUAGAUUACCCGUGACCAGGUGACAAAAGUUAUUUUUAGUUGCUUUUCCACUGACUUGAGCAGCCAACCAUCUUCAUGUGUUCCUCUGUACCUACUUUAUUCCUACCAGAAGACUCGUUUUAUAGAAAUGUUUGAGUAGUGUCAAAGUAAGCUACAGCCUGGGAACUCCUGAUUUAGAACCAUCUUCCUUUCUCAGAAAGUGGCAAUACCCCUCCCCACACUGUGUCUAUGAACACCUGACCCCCUUCCCACAAUGUGUCUAUGAACACCUGACCCCCUCCCCACACACAGUAUCUAUGAACACCAGCCAAAGAGUUCCUUUCUGAAAAAAGAACUUGUUAAAAAUA